UUUAAAAGGAAAAACGAUACAUAUUAUUUUUUUAAAUGAGUGCUUUAACCUCAAACACCCAUUUAUUUGACAUGACGUUUUAAUACAUGACAUCAUAUCCUAAUGACUAAUUGAAUUGUGAUUAUCUAUAAUUUUCUACUUUAUUAUGCAAAGAACUUAAAAUUAAAAAAACUUGCAACAUGAUUGCACCAGAGAUUGGUUCUACAAAUUCUGAAUCUGUACACAUAAGAAUUGCAACUGAAAAAGCACCAUUGAUUAAUGGAAGAAGUGUAUUUCGAAGACUCAGUAAAAUAUUUAAAAUUGGUAAAACAGAACGUACUGAUGGAGAUGGAUAUGUGGAAUUUGGUAGUCUUAGUGUUGACAGUACGCGUACACUUGGUACUUUUGCUGGCGUAUUCAGUCCUGUCACCCUAUCCAUGUUCAGUGCCUUAGUUUUCUUACGCAUGGGUUACAUCGUUGGAAAUGCAGGAUUACUUGUAACUUUAGUACAAUUUAUAAUUGCCUAUGGAAUUCUAUUAUUUACAGUUGCAUCUGUUUGCGCUAUAUCAACAAAUGGAGCUGUCGAAGGAGGUGGCGCUUAUUUUAUGAUCAGUCGUACACUAGGACCUGAAUUUGGUGGUUCCAUUGGUACAUUAUUUUUCAUGGCAAAUAUUGUAUCGAGUGCACUUUGCGUUUCUGGUUGCGCUGAAGGUUUGAUAGAAAAUUUUGGCCCUUCCGGAUAUCUAGUUGGAAAAAAUGCAUUAAUACCGAAUGGUCGAUGGUGGCAAUUUCUCUAUUGUUCUUUAUUAAAUACAGCCAAUCUUCUGGUUUGUCUAAUUGGAGCUGCUAUGUUUGCAAAAACUAGCGUUGCCAUUCUAGCAGUCGUUUGCAUUUGUCUUGGAAGUGUGUUUGUAAGUUUUUUAGUAGGAGGACCUAUGGAGAUACCAAUUCCAGAUGUAAACACAUUAGUACAAAAUGCUACGGAACACGUCAAUGGAUCAUACACAGGACUUCUGUCUUCCACUCUUGCAAGUAAUUUAUAUUCAAAUUAUAGCGCUGAUUACACAAGUACGGAUACAAUGACUGAUUUUGCCAGUGUAUUUGGUGUACUCUUCAGUGGUGUAACAGGCAUUAUGGCAGGAGCAAAUAUGAGUGGCGAACUCAAAAACCCUGGAACAAAUAUUCCCCGUGGAACAUUAUCAGCAGUAUUAUUUACUUUUCUAUGUUAUAUAUUAUUGUCUAUUUUAACAGCUGCAACUACAAGUCGUUUUUUACUACAAAAUAAUUUUAUAUAUAUGAUGCCAAUAAAUAUUUGGCCACCGUUCGUAGCUGUUGGUAUAUUGACGGCAACAUUUAGUGCUGGUUUAAGUAACUUAAUUGGCUCAAGUAGAGUAUUAGAAGCAUUAGCAAAAGAUAAUGUUUUUGGUUCAGGAUUAAAUUUUAUCAUACAAGGUACAUGGCAUGGAAAUCCGAUAGCUGCUGUAUUAACAUCGUGGACUCUCGUCCAAAUAAUUUUACUUGUCGGUUCCUUAAAUACAAUAGCUCAAAUUAAUUCGGUAUUGUUUCUUUUGAGCUAUUUGGCAACAAAUUUAGCCUGUCUUGGACUUGAACUUGCAAGUGCACCAAAUUUUAGACCAACAUUUAAUUAUUUUACAUGGCACACUGCAACAAUAGGUCUUCUUGGAACAUUAAUUAUGAUGUUUGUAAUAAACAGUAUAUAUGCAUCAAGCAGUAUAAUAUUAUGUUUAAUUUUAAUAAUAGUACUGCACUUAUUUUCUCCGAGUAAAAAUGCACCAUGGGGUAGUAUAUCGCAAGCAUUAAUAUUUCAUCAAGUGAGAAAAUAUUUAUUAAUGUUAGACUCCCGUAAAGAUCAUGUUAAAUUUUGGAGACCACAAAUGCUUUUGAUGGUUGCCUCGCCAAGAUCUGCUUGUCCUCUUAUAGAUUUUGUAAAUGAUCUGAAGAAAGGAGGAUUAUAUGUUAUAGGACAUGUAAAGAUAGGUGAAUUUACUGGACAGAAUAUUGAUCCAACGAUAGAAGAAUAUCCUCACUGGUUGAGUUUAGUCGAUCAUAUGAAAGUGAAAGCAUUUGUAGAGCUGACAAUUACAAAAACAAUUCGCGAAGGAUUACAUCAUUUAAUAAGAAUAUCUGGAAUGGGUGCGAUGAAACCAAAUACAAUUAUUCUUGGCUUUUAUGACAAAGAACCACCAAGAAAUUUCUUCACCGAUUCUCAAUAUUCAACGACAGUAUUUGAUAAUACUAGUGAAAGCGUUGGAGUUUCUAAUAAUGUUAUUUUUCCACUGAGGCAAGCAGGUACAGAAAAUAAUUUGGAUCCGAUACAAUAUGUUGGAAUGUGUUCAGAUGUCUUAAGAAUGAAAAAGAAUUUAUGUUUGUGCAGAAAUUUCCAUUUGCUUGAUAAAUCACAAAUUUCGAAGAAUUCAAAUUUAAAAUACAUUGAUGUAUGGCCAGUGAAUUUCUUCCAACCAUCUGAUCAAGAUCCAUUUGAUACAACUUCAUUAUUUAUGCUUCAACUCGCAUGCAUUAUAAAUAUGGUUCCGGUUUGGAAAAAUUUACAUCUUCGUGUAUUCCAUUGCGAAAUUGCAGACAGCAGUACAAGUUUAAGCAUUUCAGAAUCGCAAAGUUCUAUUAGUGAAUUUCCCAAGGUUUCAAACGAACAUAAAAUCAAGAAAUUAUUAAAUGUUUUGAGAAUUUCUGCAUCGAUUAAAAAAAUUCCUAAUUGGGGAACACAAGUAAGCGAUUUAAAGGGCAAAUCUCUUUUCGAACCAAAAUUGGAUACCCAGUAUGAAUCAGGCAGUGAAAAUAUGGAUAAUACUUUAAGUAGUGUCUCAAGAACUUAUAUAUUCAGGGUUAAUCAGUUAAUCAAGCAACAUUCCAGUCAAACUGCAACUUCUUUUAUAUAUCUACCAGCACCACCUGUAUCAAAUACAUGGAAUGAGGAUAUUAUGUAUCGACAAUAUCUUCAAUUAUUAACAGAAUUGACUGUGGAUUUACCACCGAUAGUUUUAGUACAUGGCGUUAGUGCUGUCACAUCAACAACUUUGUAAUAAUAUUAAAACAUAAAAAGAAUCUAUUGAAUAUCAUUUUGCUUUGAUAAAUAAUAGUAUCA